AUGGGGGAGAGGGUGGGGAGAACGGGGGUGAAGCGGCGGGUGAGCAGAAGGAAGGGGGAGAGGGGGCAGCGGGGGGGGGGGCAAGGUGGGGGCGAAACAGGAGAGGAGGAGGGGCAAGGAGAGGGGGGCGAUGGGGAUGUGAGUCCUGUAGCGAGAGGGGAAAACGUGGUGGCGAAAUGGGAGAAGGAGGAGAAGGAGGCAGAGACCCGCAGACGCAGGGCAGCAGCACAGCACGGGGACUUGCUGAAAAUGCAGCUGCAGGAAUUGAUCUCCUGGUGGGAAAAAAAGGUCGACGGGCGUCUGGGCCCCCGCGAGCGUGACCCGUUUCAGGGCAAGCCGGAGGAGGAAAAGGCAGCGAAAGAAGAGCUGUUUGAGACGGUGUUAGCGGUGGUUCGGCUGCUGCCGGCGUUUCCUACGGAGUGCCAGGGGAGCCUUGGGAAGAUGUGUGAUGUGGGCGGGGAGGUGUGUGAGAGGACGGAUGUGGAUUUGUACUGGGUGGAACGGGUGGUGGCUUAUAAUCCUCCCGAGGUUCUCAAGAUGAUGCGCACAGAGAAGGGCAUCAAACAGCUGGAGGUGACGAUGCAGGAGAGGAAGGUGCGGGCGAGUGAGGAGGUGGUGGCACAGAUGAUUAGCAACUCAGCAGCACAGCUGAGGGAGGGCGGCGUGGAGACAGAAGCCUUUGUGCUCAGCCUCAAGUGCCCUCUCUCCCUCACCCGCAUCAAGGUGCCAGUGCGGGGCAAGAAGUGCUCUCACGAGAGCACAUUUGAUCUGGCUUCCUACCUGCGCUUGAACCAAGGCCUUGCCAAGAACGUCAAGCGAGCGUGGCGCUGCCCUGUUUGCUACCAGCAACUGCUGUGGUCCGAGCUGUUCCUGGAUGGAUUCAUGCAAAAGAUUCUUGAUGAAACGAGUGACGAGGUUGACGAGGUGGAGGUUUUUCCAGAUGGCAGGUGGAGAGUGGUGGAGAACGGUGGUGGGGAGGACGGGAGCUGUUCUGAGUCGGAUGAAGAGGAGAGGAUGAUAAUGAUUGCAUUGAAGCGAAGAGAGGAGGAGAGGAGGAGGAAGGCGGAGGAGGAGGAAAAGAGGAAGAAGGAAGAGGAGGCGAGUGGGGCAUUGGAGAGAGGGACGGAGGGAGAUGGAGUGCAAUCGAGUGCGGUUGGGAGUGGGGAGGAGGGAGGAAGGAGGGGUGGGGAAGGAGAGGGGAGGGAGGAUGAGGAAGAGGACGUAAUAGAGACUGCUGGAGAGGAGGGGAGAGAGGGGAUGAGAGAGGGAGUGAGAGAAGGUGAGGGGAGAGGCGAGGGGUGUGAGGAGGGAAACCGGGUGGAGGAGGUAGAAGCCGUGGAGGUGGAGGUUAAUGGUGGUUACCAGAACAUGAAUGGGGUGACUCUUGAGCCGACCGAAAAGGCACUUCAAAACCAGGUGGAGGGGGGGGAAGCUGUGGAGGUAGCUGGUGGUGACCACCAGGUGAAUGGGGGGACUCUUGAGACGACCCAAAACGCAUCUCGCAACCGGAUGGAGGACGAAGCUGUGGAGGUAGCUGGUGGUGACCACCAGGUGAAUGGGGUUACAGCGAGUCCGGCCUGUGUAACAGGAAGGGAGGCGGACAUGGGUACAACAAGAUCAGUUUUGGGAGACGAUGUCUUAUGUGGUGCUUCUCAAAACGGGACAGCAAGAGAGACAGCCUCACUGGCACCUAUUCUAGUUUCAAGGGACACACUUGCACCCGGUUCAGUGUUGAGCGAGACAGUUCUUUCCUGUUCUAGUCAAACCGUGACUGCAAGAGACACAGACAUGGUAACAGCAAGUUUGACUCACGUGAAUGGGCGCACAGGGAGUGAACCCUCUGUGCAGGGAAGGGAGCCAGUUACUCCCUGUUCUACUCAAACCGUGACUGCAAGAGACACGGACAUGGUAACCGCAGCAAGUUCGCCUCACAUGAAUGGACUUGAAGUGAGUGAACCCUGUGUGCGAGGAAGGGACAUGGUUCUAGCAGGGGUUGCUUCCCUGGAUGGACAAGUGGAGCUUGCUAGGUUUUCAGAGGCAGGAAAGGGUGGGCCAGAGAGGGGAGGGAGUAGCUCUGAGGCAGGGAGAGAUGGGCCAGCAGCAGCUGUGGUGGAGAGGGCAGCGGCGGUGGUGGUGGUGGGUGGGGCUUCGAGUGGCGUUGCUCUUAAGGCGCCUCAAUCAUCGGCACACAUGGAUGGACAAGUGGGGGUUGAGGGUUUUUCAGAGGCAGGGAAGAGUGGCGCAGCAGCUGCAGUGGUGGGUGCAGCGUUUAGUGGGGCUUUUAGACCAGCAGGCGAUGCCGUAGCAGGGAUGGCAUGUGAGGCGCAUGGGCGUGCAGAAGGGAUGGAUGGAAUGAUUGAAGAGAAACCGGAUGCUGAUUACAGUGGGCGUGCAGGGAUUUCAAUGGGCGUGCAUGCAGCAGCAGGGAUGGCAUGUGAGGCGCAUGGGCGUGCAGAAGGGAUGGAUGGAAUGAUUGAAGAGAAACCGGCUGCUGAUUACAGUGGGCGUGGGCUUGAGGAGAAGAGUUUUGGGGAAGAGAAGGAGCAAAGGGGGAAGGGUCGAGACCUGGUGGUGGGGAGUGUGGUGGGAGGAGGGGAGGUGAAAAAGGAGGAGCAAGUGGGGGAGGGUUGUGGUCUGCUGGUGGGGAGUGUGGUGGGAGGAGGGGAGCUGACGAAGGCGGAGCAAGUGGGGGAGGGUUGUGAUCUGCUGGUGGAAAGUGUGGUGGGAGGAGGGGAGGUGGGAGAGGAGGGCUGUGCUAGGGGAAGGGGCACGAGCGUGGGUGGAGUUAAGAGGAAGAGAGAUGGAGAUACGGGAGGAGAAGGACGGGAAGUUGAAAGGAAGGAUGGGAAGGAUGGUGUUAGCAUGGGUGGUUCUGCUGGCAGUGGUGGUUCGGGCAGCAGCUCAGGGCAUCGGAAGGGCAAGAAGACUGUUAUGGUGGUCCGCGAUUUGCAUGUCAUCUGCACGAAGGAAGAGGCCGCUCAGAUUCGACUGCAGUUGGAACAGGCUCAGCAGGGACUGCAGGGGCAGCAGCAGGGGCAGCAGGGGCAGCAGCAGGGGCAGCAGGGGCAGCAGCAGGGGCAGCAGGGGCAGGGGCAGGAGCAGGAGCAGCAGGUGCAGGGGCAGGGGCAGCAGGGGCAGCAGCAGCAAAGAGUGAUUAGAGGUGUGGAGGAGGGAAGCAAAGGAGGAGCAACAGCUUCUAGGGGGGUGGUUGUUGCUCUAAGAGCAAGAGGGAGUGGUUCAAACGAUUCUGCAGCAUCAUUAGGGAGAGGUGGCGUGAUGGAGGAGGGAGGUAGAGGAGAAGCAUCAGCUUCUGGAGGGUUUGUUGUUGCCACACGAGCACGAGCAAAGGGUUCAAGUGAUUCAGCAGCAGCAUCCUCUGGGAGAGGUGGUGUGGUGGAGAGUAGGAGGGACACACGUGGGACUGUAGAGAGGGAGAAGCGGGGUAGUGUGAGUAGCAGUGUGACAGUAAAGGGUGCUGUUGUGAGUACGAGGGGUGGUACUACUCCGGGGGGGGGAAAGACUGCUGUUGGGAAGAGUGGUGCUGGUGCUAAGGGUGCUGCUGCUAAGACUGCCGGUGCUAAGAGUGCUGGUACUGCUAAAGCUGUGGAAGCAGAGGUGAUUGAACUGCUCUCAGAUUCAGAUGAAGAGGAGGUGGAGGAGAAGGGUGGUGGUGAUGCUGGUGGUGCUGCUGGUGGUGCUGCUAGUGGUGGUGGUAGUGGUGGUGCUGGUGGUGCUGGUAAUGGUGGUGGUGGUGGUGGUGGUGGUGCUGCUGCUGCUGCUGCUGCUGCUGCUGUUGCUGCUGCUGCUUCUGCUGGUGGAGGUGCUUCCGCUGGUGGAGAGCAGAGGGAGGGCAGCGGGCAGUGCAAGAGGGCAUGUGCCACAUGCUGUCCCAAACCUUCCUUCUUUCCUCCUGUUCUCUCUCCCUUCUUCCCUGCCUUUUGUCUUCCAAAGCAGCUCGUUCGCCCUGCCUCUAAAGGCGCGUCUCACCCUAAUGCUCACCACACCCACUCGCACCUCGUUCCUAACCAGCCUGCUCGUCCUGCUCCUACUGGGAAUCCCGCUCCCGCUCUCAACCCCGCUCUAAAGAAUGCCGUGGUUUCCUCUCCUCUCUCAUCCAUCGCCUCGUCUGUCCCUUCCUCUACCCCCUCGUCUGUCCCUUCCUCUACCCCCUCGUCUCUUACCUCUGCCACGCACUCAGUGGCUGCACUCAUACCGCCUGUUGGCUCUAAACAAGUCCUCACUUCGACCUCACUUCCUGCAGCUGCCCCUGAGAAUUCUCAGAAGUGA